GAGAGAGUUUAGAAGUCUAGGUCUGCUUACAGGAGAAAACUAGUUCCAAAUUGCUUGCAAUUGAAUAAUAGGAUAAAAAUGUACACGAUUAAGCUCUUUCUUUUUAUUGCUCCUCUAGUUAUUUCUUCCAGAAUUGAUCAAGACUAUUCAUCAUCUGAUUCUGUAUCUCCAGAGCCAAAAUCAAAAUUUGCUAUGUUAGAUGAUGUAAAAAUUUUAGCCAAUGGCCUCCUUCAGUUAGGACAUGGUCUUAAAGACUUUGUCCACAAGACUAAGGGCCAAAUUAAUGACAUAUUUCAAAAACUCAACAUAUUUGAUCAGUCUUUUUAUGAUCUAUCACUGCAAAUGAAUGAAAUCAAAGAAGAAGAAAAGGAACUUAAAAGAACUACAUCCAAACUGCAAGUCAAAAAUGAAGAAGUGAAGAAUAUGUCACUUGAGCUCAACUCAAAACUUGAAAGCCUCCUAGAAGAAAAAAGUCUACUUCGACAAAAAGUGAAAUAUUUGGAGGGGCAAUUAACCAAGUUCAUUAAAAAUCAACCUGAAAAUCAGGAACACCCAGAAGUAACUUCACUACAAACUUUUGUAGAACAGCAAGAUAAUAGCAUCAAAGAUCUUCUCCAGACCAUGGAAGAACAAUAUAGACAAUUAAACCAACAGCACAGUCAAAUAAAAGAAAUAGAAAAUCAGUUAAGAAGAACUGGUAUUCAAGAAUCCACAGAAAAUUCUCUUUCUUCUAAACCAAGAGCACCAAGAACUAUUCCCUCUCUUCACUUGAAUGAAACAAAAAACGUAGAGCACAAUGACAUUCCUGCUGAUUGUACCACCAUUUACAACAGAGGCGAACACACAAGUGGCAUCUAUUCCAUUAGACCCAGCAACUCGCAAGUUUUUAAUGUCUACUGCGAUGUCAGAUCAGGUAGUUCAUGGAUAUUAAUUCAACGCCGAAUAGACGGAUCACAAAACUUCAAUGAAUCUUGGGAAAACUACAAAUAUGGUUUUGGGAGGCUUGAUGGAGAAUUUUGGUUGGGCCUAGAGAAGAUAUACUCCAUUGUAAAGCAAUCUAAUUACAUUUUAAGAAUUGAGCUAGAAGACUGGAAAGACAACAAGCAUUAUAUUGAAUAUUCUUUUCACUUGGGAAAUCAUGAAACCAACUAUACGCUACACCUAAGUGAGAUUACUGCCACUGUCCCCAAUGCACUCCCAGAACACAAAGAUUUGGUGUUUUCCACUUGGGAUCACAAAGCAAAAGGACAAUUCAAUUGUCAAGAAAGUUAUUCAGGAGGCUGGUGGUGGCACGAUGUAUGUGGGGAAAACAACCUAAAUGGUAAAUAUAACAAGCCAAGAUCAAAAACUAAGCCAGAGAGGAGAAGAGGAAUAUGCUGGAAGUCUCAAAAUGGAAGAUUCUACUCUAUCAAAUCAACCAAAAUGCUGAUCCAUCCAAAAGAUUCAGAAAGCUUUGAACUGAGGCAAGUUAAAAAGCCAAUGAAAUAAAUAUUACACUCAUCCCAAGUUACUGUGGUUUAAUAAUCUGGUAUUAAAUCCCUAAUAGAAGGUUUUAGAAAUAGAUUCUUUAUUUUAAAACCACUACCAACUUUAAACAUAUUGUCACAUGACCUCAAAGAACACCAUUUACCUUUCUCAAUCAAAAUUCUUAUGAUAUCAUUUAUUCAUAUAUUUUGUGAUGUGGGAAUCAAUUUUAGAUGGUCACAAUCUAAAUUUUAACCAAUGGGUAAAUUUUUAAAUAACUUUUUUAAAAUAAAAAACUUACAAAGCUUUUAUUUUAAAAGUCAUCAUGUGGGCUAAUUUCACAACUUCUUCAGUUUAAAAAACUAGUUGUCUUACUAAAACUCUAAACUUGAAGCCAAAUGAAGUAGGGUGAAAUAUUGUAUUGAAAUAGAGUCACUGUCUUAACAAUGCAGUAGACCAUGAUUACUAAGUCAUAUUGACUUUAGUAUCAGGUAUCACUGAACCUUAACAUAUUUGUUAACUUAUCUAUAUUGCAUACAUUUUAUAUAUUUUAACACUUAAUACCAUGAAAACAAUUUUAAAGGGAUCUUUUCAGAAUACAAUAAGAAUGAACGUAUUUGUAGCAUCAAGUUAACGCUGAAUAAUUUAUGCCCCCUGGACAUGAUACGA